AUUUGUUAUGCCUUUCAAGUCUCUGAUUACGAUCGUCGCUACAAGCUUGCUUGCUGGCCAAGCUCUUGCCGUUUCUGUUCACAACUGGUGGAAUGUGCCUAGCGACUUUGGUGAUAUUGCCGAGUUACGAUCUUCCAUCCGGGUUCCCCAAGGCUCGGAUCCUAUCAAGACCUAUUGGAUGGCCAAUGGUUUUGGCAACGGUUACAUGGGUAUGCAGCACAAUUCGGAUACCGAGCGCCGUAUUUUAUUCUCCAUCUGGGACGAUGGCCAUGGCUCCAAGGUCGAACCUAUCCGCCACGGUAAGAAUGUGCAUGUUGGCACAUUUGGCGGCGAAGGCACAGGCGGCCAGUCUUACCUCCACCACAACUGGAAAGCCGGUGACACUGUACACUUCCGUGUGCGAGCCAAUGUGAGCGAGGCCGAGAAUUAUGCCGAAUACACCGGUUACUGGGGUACGGAUGGCAAAAAGUGGCAUCUGAUUGCGUCUUUCCGAGCAGAAAAUCAGCCUUAUUGGCUUGAACAUCCUUACGGUUUCCUGGAAAACUAUGGUUCUGAUCAGUCCAAGACCCGCGAGGGCUACUAUGGCAACUUUGUCAUGAUCAACAGCAACGGCCGACGCUACACACCCAAAAAAUUCCAAUUCACCAAUACUGACCCCUCCACCGAAUACCGAGAAGUCUGGGACCAACGCUUGGUGAAACAGCACAAAGAAGUGUACAUGCGUAUCGAUGGUCCGGCCAACCAAGGCGCGUAUCCACCCAAACAUCAUUAAAUUACCCUUUCCCCCUUCUUCCUCUUUACUCUUCUCACGUAGAAUCAUUUUUCCCAUUUCACAUGUUACAUGCCUCAAACUCUGACUUAAAUAAAAAUGCUUUUCAACGCAAG